UGGGUAAAACAUGAUUUGGAUUCUAGAAAACAAAUUUUGCCCCAAUUAAUGGCACAUGUACGUCUACCAUUAACAUCGAAAGAUUACAUACUAAAACAUGUAGUUACGGAACCUCUUCUUAAUAAUUGUCCUAAAUGUAAAGAUUACGUAAUUGAAGCAUUACAUUUGUAUUUACUUAAGUCAGAUGAGAUUUUCGCCAUGCCACAUAACAUCCGGACAAAACCUAGACAGUCUGGUGGUUCUCAUAAAAUUAUUUUAGUUGUUGCUAGAAAAGAACUCAAUGGUAAACAAUUAGAUAGUUCAGAAUGGUAUGACCCAAAAAUCAACCAAUGGCAGACUGGACCAAAAAUGAUUACACCACGUUGCAGUGGUGGUCUAGCUGUAGUAAAAGACAAUUUUGUGUUAUAUAUCGGUGGUUGUAAUCAAUUUUAUUCAUCUCUUCGAUCUGCUGAUCUUAUAGAUUUAUCUUCAGAAUCACUUAGUUGGAAACCAACCACUAACAUGUUAGUUCAACGAAAAUGGUUAGGAGUUGGUGUGAUAAAUAAUUUUGUAUACGCCGUUGGUGGUUAUGAUUAUAAUAGAUGGCCUUUAAAAAGUGCAGAGGUUUUUGACUGCAGAACUCAAGAAUGGCAUAUGGUAGCUAGUAUGUCUAUUGAAAGACAUAGUUUUGGGGUUGGAGUAUUGAAUAAUAUUUUAUAUGCGGUAGGAGGUUCUAAUUCAGUGCAUAAAUUAAACUCCGUCGAAUGUUAUCAUCCCGGGCUUGAUAAAUGGACACCAGUCGAAGAAAUGUCUGUUCGUCGAAGUGGAGUGGGUGUUGGAGUUUUACAUGAUGUACUGUAUGCUGUAGGUGGCUGGGAUGGAAAUCAGGUUUGUAGUAGUGUCGAAGCAUACAGUCCAAGUACAGGAGUUUGGACUAAUAUUCCGGACAUGCAUUUGUGUCGGAGUAGUGCAGGAGUAGCAGUAUUAGACGGAUUAUUGUAUGUCAUCGAAGGUUGGGACGGAACUUCUUAUUUGGAUUCUGUAGAAUCUUACAAUCCUAAAACUAAUAAAUGGACCAUGGUCACUGCGUCAAUGAAGAUUGCAAGGAAUUUUGUCGAAGUUGUAGUCAUUGAAAGGCCACGACAUUUAAAAAAAUGGAAUCAAUCAUGUUUUUCAUUUUUGAUUAAAUAUAUCAAUAUAUAUUCAAUUAUCUCAUUUUGUACAAUAGUAUCUUUAUUCUUUUUCUAUUUAUUUUCUAGUUUUUGAUUGUUUUAAUAAUGGGGUUUUUAUACCUACACUAGACAUUUACAGUUGAUAGGCCACCAUAUCCAUAUGUUUAAAUAACAGCAUUCAAUAUGUUUUAUUUUUAUACCACUACUGUCCUAAUUUGUAUGAUAAUAUAUUUAUUGUUUUUCUAUUAAU